UAAGAAGAGAAAAGACUCUCAAGCAGAGCUGCAUAUAAAACAAAGCAAACGUUUAAUUUAUUUGAGUUAAAUUUUGGGUAAAAAGGUUUUCAACAUUGCUUGUAUUGAAUGGCUUCAGCUACUCCACAGGGAGCAAAACUGCUCUACGGUUUGAGAAAAUCGAACAAAUUCGCCAAAGGCUUGGGCGCCCUACUACCGCCUGCGUACAAAAAGUUUUGGAAUGAAUGGAAAAAUCAGCAGCCCGCUGCAGUGCACUACGUACCAAAGGAUGGGAUGUUCCAGCGAGAAGAUAUUACGGGGCUCGUGACACCUAUUCAGAACGUGCCAUUACCAUUAAUCGAUACACCGGAGUCGCAUGACGGCAUCUGGGGUGGUGAAGCAGUUAUCAAGGGCUUUCAAAAACGCAACCAGUACAAACGACGUGUUCCGCACUUCUGGGUACCCGUAUUGCGUCGAUCCGUCGUACACAGUCGGGUGUUAAACGAGUAUAUGGCGGUGACGGUCACCGAUAGGACGCUUGAUCAGAUUCACGAUCAUCACGGAUUCGAUCACUAUCUGCUAAAGACACCCGCUUGUGAUUUGCGCUCUAUGUUGGCGAUUAAGUUGAAGAAGAAAAUUCUGGAAGAACUCGCGGCUGGCUGUCCAAAGUUAGCGGCGGAACCGACCAAGCAACAGGAGUACCUUAAAGAGUUCGCUUGUUACCUGGAACAGUACACAGCCGAGGAGAUCGAGUGGUACGGCCUCACGUACACGGAAGCGAUUAUAAAGAUGAAGCAUCUUUCCGAGGAUAAAGACGCAUUGCUACCGAAAAAGCUACUGUUCCGCCAGAAGCUGAUUGAUCAACUGAAAGAAGCAGGCAUCCGGGAAGCACAAGAGGGCGAGACAGACGGUGACGAAGGACUAAAAAGGCUCAAGGAUCCAAACACGUCUUCGUGGCUAUCAAAUCUGAGCUUUAAGCCAAAGAACUGGUAGGCAGUUCCGCUUUAUGGCAUCCAGAAAGAACGCAAGGGUAAUGUGUCUAGUGUUACGUAGGGUUUGAUCCAAUUGAAAUUUGCGAUAUCGAUAGUCAACUGCCUGCACUGCCAGCCAGGAGAUAAAUAAAACA